AUGAAUGUGAAAAAUAGUUUGAGCAACCUUCCAGAAGAGAUGCUGGACUUUUUGAAGGAACUUCUUGAAUGCACAAGGAAAGGCUUUGUCUCCUGGAUCAAAACCAUAAUAAAAGACAAAACGGAAAUCCCUGUAUUUGUGGAGCUGGCAUCAAUUUCUGCAGGUGAAAAUGACAUUGAUAUUGACAAAGUGCGGUUCUUCCGUGAUGCCAUGGCUGCUUCAGCACCCAUUAUAUUUGACCUGAGACCCACAUCUGGAUUUGAACAGUUCUCUGCAGCCCUGUCAUUCAUCAGUGAAGCCAUUGCAAAAGACAAUAAUCUGCCAAAAAAGCUGAAAGAUUCUUGUGAUAACAGAGAGUGGAUAAAGAUGGUUCAUGACUCCCAUGGCUCCAUAGAGCGUUCCUCAAUCUCUCAAGCCAGAGACAUCAACAGCAGAGGGAUUUUUAUCAUCUCAGCACCUCAAAAAUUCAAGGCUGCUCUUGAGGACUGUGUUUCAGUGCUGCUGCUGAAGGACACCACAGAGGACGCAUCUCAGACAGAUCAGAAGGCUAAAGAAUACAGCCUGGCUCAGCUCACAGAGCUCCAGAACAAGCUUAUGUUGAUCACCACAAAAGCUGAGCAAGGCAGAGAGGAGGCAAACCGCUUUCUGGAGAUCCUGGAAAAAGUUCAAAUCGUUGGAAACUUGUACCUGCAGCUUCUCAGUGUUGGCAAUAUCCUCUUCACAAACUGGAAGGCUGACAUCUACUGCAAUCCCCAACAGAGAGUAAAACUUUACACAGAAUUUGGAAUUGCUGGCAUCCUUGUUCAGAGCACCAGACCCGUCCUGGAGGAGCUGGAGGGCCUUUGCAAAGCAAUGGAGCACUGCCUGGUAGAGUGGAAGAAAUAUCUGGAGACUCAAAGGGACACCUACUAUCAUCUCAACCUGUUCACUGCACACCAGCUCUUCUAUUUAUGUAGCCAACUGGCCAAAGCCCACAAUAGUGUAAUAGAGCCACAGAUUCUUAAUAUGCUUUCUGUCAUAAAGCAUGACAUUAAAGAAGAAGAUAUUAGAAAAGCCCUGGAGCAAGCCCUCAUGACUCCACUCGACUCUGUCAACACAUCAGCAGGAGACAAGGAGUCUGUUACCUGGCAUGACUAUGUAAUUCGUUUUCCCCAGCUCAUCAAAAGCCUGGCUGAAUCUGGCUACGAUACAUCAGUGGCAAAGGCAGCCCUGCAGAGCUGCCUUCUAAACUCUGACGUUACAGAGCAGAAGCUCAUGAAUUUUGCCUUUGAACGAGGUGAUGACAAGGAAGAGGUUGAAAAUCUGAGCAAAUUAUAUGAUGAGCAGCGAGAAGCCUUUCUGCAGAAGUCAAGGAAGUUUAAAAACAUGACCAGAGAGGUUGACCAGGCAACUUUUAGCACCCUUGCAGAAGAUGAACUGGCCACCUCCUUUGAGAGUUUGCCAUCCAUCUGUGACAAAGUGAAUCUGCUCUGGGACGCUUACUGUAAGAAAUUCAGUGGCCUUGUGUCAGACAAAUAUAUCAGCCUGGAUGUCUUCGGUGAAACACUGAAGCAAUUAGCAGCUCUUGAAACCACCUGUAUCAAGAGAAGUUUACCAGUAGGUCUUGAAGCCAGGAAACCUUCUCUCAUCAUGUGUAAAGAAGAGGAAAUGUUACUCUACAUGCUCUCCGUUUACAGACACACCAAGACAGCACCUCUCCCAACAUAUGAUGAGGUCCUGGUGUGCACACCCAACACAGAUGAGGAAGAAGUGGAGCUGAUUGUUAGGAGAGCUCUUUCAUCUGAUUCCCAAAACCAGAAAAUCUACUGCUUGCUGGGUGCUGAGAAAUUAGUGUAUAAAGUUUCCAAGCAACUGGAGUCUCACUUCUUCCGCUUGCUGCAAUCUUCUACAGUCCCUGACUACAGGUUCAUUAUCUUUUGCAAUGCCAAAACUCACAAUUCUUAUGUUAUCACAGCCUUUGACACCUACAAAGUUACUAUCCCAUGCUACCCCAAGACAGAAAUCCAGGCAUACCUGAGCACACAUCUCAAAGUGCCUUUUGGGACAGCCCCUGUUGCUCAAGCCUUCAAGGAGCCCUAUCAGCAGAACGUGAAGUUCAUAUUUUCAAAUGAAGCAGGAAUGGGGAAGUCUCUCUUCGUGGACAAUACCCUCCAAAAGAUCCGUGCCCAGCUGGGAGAUUUGCCAGUGGUUCACAAAACCAUUAGGCUGAUGGAGUCAGAGAUUGAUUUCCAGUUCCUUCUGGAGGAGCUACUCUCUGUUGAGGAAUUCCCGACUGAAACUCAGCCCACUGUCUUCCAUAUUGAUGUGUCACCAGCGGUGUCAACAGGUCUCUACCGGCUGCUGGUUGAGUUAUGCAUCCUAAGACACAUCCAGAGUCCCAAUGGCUUGGUCUGGAAGUGCAAAUCCUCUCAUCUUUACUUGAUUGAGUACCUGGCAAAAGGGAAAGGUGUUAGCAGAACAAGAAAACAAGAGAUGUCCAGUGAAACAGAAGAAAAGUUCCUGGAUCUUUUUCCUGCAGUGAAGUGUGUAUCACCAAUGCGGGUACUUGACUUGCUGGAACACCCCAGCUCUGGUCAUCUUUCUGAAAUGAAAGAGGAGCAGUUUGACCGAGACAAGUUAAAGAGUGAAGCUUUCCAAAGGUCUUACCAGUACCUCAGCAGAUAUAAGAGGGAGGAAGACCUUGACGAUUUCCUUUUCAUCCCUGAGAGGACUGAAGGGACAGAGAAAGAGUGCCUGAAGCUCUUACUGGAGUUCUGUGGGAGACACAACCCUUCCUGGACUGAGCUUAGCAACUUCACUCAUUUCCUAAACUUCCAGCUAAGCAAGUGUGAGAAAUCGGUUUUCUGUAGCCCAGUAGUUGGAAAGGAUUUCCAGGGGUUUAAAACAUUUGUGGUAAAGUUCAUGAUCACUAUGUCCAAGGACUUUGCUGUACCCUCUUUUGACAUAUCUGAUGAAAGUGUGCCAAGUGCAGAAAAUGAUGAUGAGGAAAAUAACAUUAUGAGACAGUACCAGCUAAGACGAAAAUGGGAACAAGAGUCCCACCCCUAUAUAGUCUUCCAUGCAGACAAUGACUCCAUGGAGUUCUUGGGUUUUCACAUCAACAAUAACUUGGAUGCUAUUGAUGCCCAUUCUCAAGCUGUUUUGGAAAGGAAUGUUAUCAAAGAUAAAUUAUACCACACUUUGAAAGCCCAGCAUGUUCCUUUCAAUAAGAAGUUUGAAGACUUGCCCAGAACAAUGCAGCUGGAGGCCCUCUGCAGAGUUUUUGGUGUGAGCUACACCCAAGAUCCAGAUGAAUCAUAUCAGUUGACACUGGACAACACCAUGAAGAUGCUUGCCAUUCACCUGCGGUUCCAGUGUGGGAUCCCUGUAAUCAUCAUGGGCGAAACAGGUUGUGGGAAGACAAAGCUUGUGCAGUUCAUGUGCAGCCUGCAAAGGGCAGGCAGGGACAUUCAGAACAUGGUGGUGGUACGUGUCCAUGGUGGCACUACCUCCAAGACCAUCCACCAGAAAGUUAGGCAGGCAAUUGAGCUGGCACGCAUCAAUGAAGAAAGGCACAAAGUGGACACUGUACUCUUUUUUGAUGAAGCCAACACAUCAGAAGCUAUCUUUGCAAUCAAAGAGGUGCUCUGUGAUCGCAGUGUAAAUGGAGAGAAGAUUCUCACUGACCGUUUAAAAGUAGUAACUGCUUGCAACCCUUACAAAAGGCACACCAAGGAAACCAUAGAGAAACUUGAAAAAGCUGGCUUGGGGUACCGAGUCCGGAGUGAAGACACACUGGAGAAACUGGGCUACAUUCCUUUGAGGCAGCUGGUGUAUCGGGUCAAGCCCCUUCCACCUAGUUUAUUGCCUCUUGUCUGGGAUUUUGGAGAGCUGAAUGAAAAGACACAGAGCCUGUACAUCAGAGAGAUCGUAAAGUCCACCAUGAAGAACAAGAUCGCCAUUGGAAAUUUGGACAUCUUUACCAGUGUCAUUUCAGCCUCUCAGAAGUUCCUCAGGAGGAAGAAAGAUGAAUGCAGAGUUGCCAGUCUUCGGGAUAUAGAGCGCUGCAUGAGCAUUGCGCUCUGGUUUUAUAAAUUAAGAGACCUGCUAUUUCCUCAGAUUGAUGAGAAGAAGUACAAAACAGAACAGGAGUCAAUCUUAAAUGAUGCACAAAGGGCCUUGGUCCUUUCAGUGGGAGCUUGCUAUUAUGUAUCUCUGGAGAGCCGCAAAGAUUAUCUGGAGGAGGUCGCAAAAUGCUUUUCCGUCCCUGCAUCCCUGCUGCAGCAAGAGAUUGAGCUUUGCCAAGAGGUAUUUCUUGAUAACCUCUCUGUUCCUGAGGCAACAGCCCGCAAUGAUGCUCUGAGGGAAAACAUCUUCAUGAUAGUUGUAUGCAUGGACCUACGAGUUCCACUCUUUCUGGUUGGGAAGCCAGGAAGCUCAAAAUCCCUGUCUAAAACCAUUGCUGUGGAUGCCAUGGAGGGCAGGCUGUCCAAAAGCCAGUUGUUCAAAAGAUGCAAGGAGAUCCAGCUGGUGUCUUUUCAGUGCAGUCCCCAUUCAAAGCCAGAAGGGAUCAUCUCCACUUUCCGACAAUGUGCUCAAUUCCAGAAGGGGAAGAAUCUGGAUGAGUUUGCAUCUGUGGUCCUCCUGGAUGAGAUCGGCCUCGCAGAAGACUCACCAGAGAUGCCACUGAAGACACUGCAUCCUCUUCUUGAAGAUGGAUGUGUUGAUGAUGAAAACCCAGAAUCUUACCAAAAAGUUGGCUUUGUGGGCAUUUCAAACUGGGCCCUAGACCCUGCCAAAAUGAACAGGGGUCUUCUUGUAUUUCGGAAUGACCCUAGCAAAGAAGAGCUAGUUAAAACUGCAAAGGGCAUCUGUGCUGCACAGCCUCACCUUGAAAGCAUUGAGUAUUUGUUCCCUUUGCUGGCAGAAUUCUACUGCAAGGUGCUAAAAACACAAAAAAUUGAGUUCUUUGGGCUCCGUGAUUUCUACAGCUUGAUCAAAAUGAUACUGUCCUACACCCAGGACAAGAAGUGCAUCUCUCAAGAGGAGAUCAUUAUAAAGGCCAUUCAGAGAAACUUUGGAGGCUCCAGUGAUAUCAAUCCUGUCCAGCUCUUCCGAAACUCCAUCAGUGAGGUGUAUCUUCCUCCUGACUUGGAAACCAGCUACACACUUCGUUUGUUGAAGGAAAAUAUGGGCAAACAGCAGGCAGGACUCAUGUCUCGAUACCUCCUGCUGCUGACAACCAACCACGCAGCUUUCCACAUCAUCCAGAUGACACAGCUUAUAGAUACUGAGAACUGUGAAAUCAUAUUUGGCUCUGGUUUUCCACAGGACCAAGAUUAUUCCCAGGUAUGCCGGUCUGUCAGCAGAGUGAAGAUCUGCAUGGAGACAGGCAGGCCUGUUGUUCUUUUAAAUAUACACAACCUUUAUGAGAGCCUUUACGAUGCACUCAACCAGUGCUUCGUUAGCCUGGGGGGAAAUUACUAUGUGGACCUGGGUCUUGGCACUCACAGAGUGAAGAGCCGUGUGAAGGAUGAGUUCAGACUCAUUGUGAUAGAGGAGAAGAAUGUAGUCUACACCCAGUUCCCCACCCCACUGCUGAACCGGCUGGAGAAGCACUGCUUGGACAUGAACACUGUUCUGAACUGGCAGCAGCAAGAGCUGAAGCAGGACCUGCAGACCUGGACCAGGCUGUUUGUCUCCAUUGACAGCAGCAAGUUCUCCAAUGUUUGGUCCACCAAGCUCAGCCCCAAGGAACAGGAUGUCUUUAUCGGUUUCAGCAAUGACACAUCUGCAGCUGUUGCUUUGGAGAGCACUCAGAGCAGAUCCUGGGGAGACCUUAAGCCCUAUGAAGAGACAGUGCUCUCUAUUGCCAAAAGGAAACUUGUUCAGUGUGCAACACCUGACUCCAUCCUGCGCCUUAAAUACUCCCUUCUGGAUGAUGCUGAGCAGAUCCAAGACUUGUACUUCCACAAGCAGAAGCACAACAGCCUUGUUAGUGUUUUGGGAGAGACAGUUAACCGGCAGCCAAGGAAGGAGAGGACCGCUGGGCUCUGCCUGCAGAUGGACCCCGUCAGCUCCCAGUAG